AUGACCCCAGAUGAUGUCCAUGAGUACAUGGGACUUGUCCAGUUAUUCCUGCAUUUCAGGUGGACAUGGGUUGGAAUUUUUACCUUGGACAUUCCCGUUGGAGAGAGAUUUUUGCAAGGAUUUGUGCCACUGCUUUCUCAGAGCAGCAUCUGCAUUGCUUUCAUAGCUAAAUUAAGAACAUUGGCUUACAUUGAUAAAUUGACUGAAUCUUUAUAUAGAAAUCUGGGUAUAAUUUCAGCUGUUGUUCAAAUAAAAACCAAGGUCCUCAUUGUCUAUGGUGGUCCUCUAGCACUGAAUCUUCUGAACUUCUAUUUUAAUAUGGUUUUGAAAUUGCCCAUGGGGAAAGUAUGGAUUGUCACAACACACUGGGAAUUCAAUAUACCAUCCAGUCAAAUUUAUGAAGACAUACAAACUUUUCAUGGUAUGUUAUCCUUCACAGUCCAUUCAAAGGAACCUCUUGGAUUCCAGACUUUUCUUCAGACUAUUAAUCCCUUCUGGGCAAAAGAGGAUGGCUUUAUCCAAGACUUUUGGGAGCAGGCCUUCAAAUGCUCCUUGAAAAGUCUCAGUUUGCAGGAUGGUAAGGGGACCAAGAAAAUCUGCAGUGGAGAUGAGAAGCUUGAGACCCUUCCUGGACCUCUAUUUGAAAUGAGCAUGUCUGGCCACAGCUAUAAUAUUUACAAUGCUGCCCAGGCUGUUGCACGGGCCCUGCACAUGAUGUAUGGAGAAUCAAUCUCCAAGUACAGAUCACGGGUGGCUGGUAGGAGGGAAGAAGAUGAAUAUUCAGAACUUCGGUCAGAACUUAGUCAUAGUCAGCAUGAAGCCAAUGAAGAUUCACACAGUAUGGACCAAGAUCAAACUUCUGUUUCUGUCCCAGAAAACCAAUCAACUAUGGUCACAGCUGACAUGGGAAUAGUAUGGAUUGUGACAACACACUUGGAAUUCACUGUACCACCCAGUCAUAAGUACCGUGAUAUACAAACUUUUCAUGGUAUGCUAUCCUUCGCAAUCCACUCAGAGGAACCACUUGGAUUCCAGACUUUUCUUCAGAAUAUAAAUCCUUCUUGGGCAAAAGAGGAUGGCUUUAUCCAAGACUUUUGGGAGCAGGCCUUCAAAUGUUCCUUGAAAAGUCUCAGUUUGCAGGAUGGGAAGGGGAGCAAGAAAAUCUGCAGUGGAGAUGAGAAGCUUGAGACCCUUCCUGGACCUCUCUUUGAAAUGAGCAUGUCUGGCCACAGCUAUAAUAUUUACAAUGCUGUCCAGGCUGUUGCACGGGCCCUGCACAUGAUGUAUGAAGAAUCAAUCUCCAAGUACAGAUCACGGGUGGCUGGUGGGAGGUCGGUACUCUGGAGUCUACACCCAUGGGAGCUGGACCACUUUUUAAAGAGUGUCUCCUUCAACAACAGUGCUGGAGAGACCAUUCAAUUUGGUGAAAAUCAAGAACUAACUGCAGGAUUUGAUGUUACCAACUGGGUAAUAUUCCCCAAUCAGUCUUAUGUUAGAGUAAAAGUUGGAAGGUGGAAAACAGAAGGUCCUAUAGAAGAAAGGCUGACUCUUCAGGAUGAAAACAUUGUGUGGAACCAAAACUUUAACCAGGUUGUGCCUGUUUCUGUGUGUAAUGACGAUUGUUCUCCUGGUUACAACAAGAGAAAGAGAGACGGGGAGCCAUUUUGCUGCUACGAUUGCAUUCCCUGUCCAGAGGGGAAGAUUUCGGAGCAGAAAAAUAUGGACACCUGCUCUGAAUGUUCAGAAGAUUACUAUUCAAAUGAGAACCAGGACCAAUGCAUUCCCAAGCUGACUACCUACCUGUCAUAUCAUGAGCCUUUAGGGAUCACUUUAGCCUUGUCUUCUGUGGCUUUUGCUCUCAUCACAGCUUUCGUGAUAAGAACAUUUACCAAAAACUGGGAGACGCCCAUCGUGAAAGCCAAUAACCGAAGUCUCACCUACACUCUCCUCGUCUCUCUCCUCCUCUGCUUCCUCUGCUCCUUGCUUUUUAUUGGUCAGCCCCAAAAGUUAACUUGUCUUCUCCGACAAACGGCUUUUGGCAUAAUUUUUGCUGUUGCCGUUUCCAGUGUAUUGGCAAAAACCCUCAACGUAGUUCUAGCAUUCAUGGCUACCAGACCAGGCUCCAGGAUGAGAAAAUGGGUGGGGAUAAAACUAACGAGUCUGGUUGUUACUUCCUGUUCUUCAGUUCAAGCAGGUAUCUGUGCAAUUUGGCUGAGCACCUCUCCACCAUACCCAGAUAUAGACAAGCAUUCACUGAAAGGGAAGAUCAUCCUAGAAUGUAAUGAGGGCUCAACUUUCAUGUUCUAUUGUGUCCUGGGCUACAUGGGCUUCCUUGCUGUUGUCAGCUUCCUUGUGGCUUACCUGGUCAGAAAGCUACCCGACAGUUUCAAUGAAGGCAAAUUUAUCACUUUCAGUAUGUUGGUCUUCUGCAGUGUUUGGUUGUCUUUUAUUCCAACCUACUUGAGCACCAAAGGGAAAUACACAGCAGCCGUGGAGAUCUUCUCCAUCUUGUCAUCCAGUGCUGGCCUUCUGCUUUGCAUCUUUUGUCCCAAAUGCUACAUCAUUGUGUUCAGGCCAGGCAUGAACAAAAAGCAAGUCAUAAGGAGAACAGAAUAA